GUGAUUCUUGUCGCUCCACGAACCGCUCCAGCCUCCCGACGGUUAGUGAGAGAAACAACCGACGAACGUUUCCUGUCUCUGAAGGAGACUGUCUCUCUCUCUCUCUCUCUCUCUCUCUCUCUCUCCCUCCGCUCGCCGCUGUCCAGAGAAAUUAUAAUAUUUAGCACACCGGUGAACGAACGAGGUUUGGUUUUCUGUAUUUGACUAAGAAGCUCAGUUUUCUUCUCGUCUAACGUUCACCGAGACCCCUCGAUAUGUCCCUUUAGCUGCCCCUCGGAAUGCCAGACCAUGACAGCUCAGCCCUAAGCAGACAGACCAAGCGGCGCCGCGUGGACAUCGGGGUGAAGAGGACUGUGGGUAGUGUAGUCUACGCUCAGAGAACCAGAGAGACCAUCCUAUUCAACACCAUGAAUCAAUCCCACGGCCCCGAGCAGGACAGAGACUGCUCAUUGGUCCCUCACAGUCACGGUGGGUCCAAUGGGGACGGAGAGAAGUCCAAUGUUCUCCGGAAGCUUCUGAAACGGGCUAACUCGUACGAAGACGCCAUGAUGCCUUACCCUGGCACCACCAUCAUCUCUCAGCUGCUGAAGAGUAACAUGGGGAAGAAUGGAGACAGAGAGGGAGGCUUCCAGGGUAGUGGCGGUCUCUCCAGCGCUGGGUCAGAUUUCCAAGCGGAGGAUGUCUGCAGUAACUCCUCCCGAGACAGAGACAGCCCCCUCGCCCCCUCUCCUGCCCCCUCCUCCCCCUGCCUCCUCCCCUUCGGCCGCCCCCCUCCCCCCCACCCCUCUCUCACCCCUCUGGACCUGGAGCGCCUCACGGACGAGCACCUGCGUGCCAAACGGGCCAGGGUGGAGAACAUCAUUCGGGGCAUGAGCCAUUCCCCUUGCGUGCCUCCACCUGCUCUCCAUCCCAGAGAGAGGGACAGGGACCGAGAGAAAGGGAACAAGACGGGGAGAAGAGAGGACAGGGAGAGGGAAAGGAACUGUCCCCCACUGCAGCCUCCCAGCCCUGGGUCUCUCUCAAGAGGGGGAGAGGGGUACAGGGAGAGUCGGGGGGAGGCUAGAGGAGAGGUGUACAGGGAGAACAAGAGAAAGCAGCGUCUCCCCCAGCAGCAACAACAGUCCUUUACCCAGCUGGUGUGUGUCAGACAGGAGAAGAGACAAGAGGAGAGACGACAACUCAAACUACAGCUAGAGGAUAUGCAGAAACAGCUCCGUCAGCUGCAGGAGAAGUUCUAUCAGAUCUAUGAGACUGAGACGGAGGAGGAGGAGGAGGAGGAGGAGGAGGAGGAGAGAGCAGGAAGAGGGGAGGAGGACGGGAACCUGUCAGAGAACAGCGUCCGCUCCGACGGUUUGGAGAACACGCACAGGGACCGCCGCGGCAACCGUAACCGUGCCGACGGUAUCUAUGAUGACCUGUCAGAGUUGGUUGACGACCCAGGUCUAUUUCUGGACCGAGCCAGAGCACUGUUACGAGAACAGGCCCUGUUGGCUGGAGAGAAGGAUGAGGAGGGAGAGAAGGAGGAGGGAGAGAGGGAUGAGGGAGAGAGGGAGGGGGGGAGGAGGGUGAAGAGGGAUUGGGGCCAAGGGGAGAGAGGGGCAGGAGGGGGGCCAAUGCGAGCAGAGGGGAGGCAGCUAGCCGAGACUCUAAAACAGGAGCUCAACUCUGCCAUGUCACAGGUGGUUGACACCGUGGUUAAAGGGUUCAACCAUAAACCACCCAGCCAUCAUCAUCUUCAACACCAUCCUUCUCAUCACAGUGGCUCCCAAAACACCCCCUCUGCCACUAAAGCUCCCUCACAGGCCUCCUUCCCUCCCUUCCCCCCCUCCCUCUCCACUGACUCUCGCUUCGGGGGAGUCAGCAUGAACAUGAACGGUGACAGCCCCAACUUUCACUCAGCCAAUCAGAGGCUGCCGUGCUUUGGUGACGUCAUCAUCCCGAGCCCGUUGGACUCGUUCGGGGGCCUCAGUGUUCCGACGGCCGGUGACCAAACAGAAGCGCUGCCUCUAGUGGUCAGGAAGACCAGCGCCGAACAACACCAACAGAACCCCUGUCUCCCUCCUCCUCCUCCACCUCACCCCCACCACCCCUCCCUCCAUUCCUCCCCCCUCUCUGCCUCUCUGGGGUUCUCCCCUCCCUCCUUCCGACACCCCUUCCCCCUCCCACUGAUGGGCUACCCUUUCCAGAGCUUCUCCAAAGACCAGCGCUCCUCCCCUGAGUCCAUGGACCUCUCCAGGGAAACUGUGGGGCUGCGGACCAAGAUGGGGUCGGGCGGGGGCGUCCAUUUUGUCUCCCACCACCACCACCACAGGCAGAGCUCUCCACCCCAACAUGGAGGAGGGAGCGAGGGGCUGUCGCUCAUCAAGUCAGAGUGUGGAGACCUUCAGGACAUGGCUGAUAUAUCUCCUUAUUCAGGAAGUACUAUCCAGGAGGGCUUGUCUCCCAACCAUCUGAAGAAAGCCAAGCUCAUGUUCUUCUACAGCAGAUACCCUUCAUCCAACAUGCUCAAGACGUUCUUCUCAGACGUCAAGUUUAACCGCUGCAUCACGUCUCAGCUCAUCAAGUGGUUCAGUAACUUCAGAGAGUUCUAUUACAUCCAGAUGGAGAAGUUUGCCCGGCAGGCCAUCAACGAAGGAGUGACCACCAACGAGGACCUGUCUGUGGGUAGGGAGUCUGAGCUCUACCGAGCCCUCAACAUGCACUACAACAAGGCCAACGACUUUGAGGUUCCAGAGCGGUUCCUGGAAGUGUCCCAGCUGACGCUGAGGGAGUUUUUCAACGCCAUAGUAGCAGGGAAGGACGUGGACCCAUCCUGGAAGAAGGCCAUCUAUAAGGUGAUCUGUAAACUAGACAGUGAAGUCCCCGAGGUCUUCAAAUCACCCAACUGUCUGCAAGAGCUACUGAACGAAUGAACUUGACGUUUCGGGACAAAACCACAUCGAGUCCACACUCAAAAAAAGAAAAAAGUUUUGUUUUAAAAACUGUAUAGAUUUUCAGUUUUUGUACAAUUCUGUCUACUACCGUUUUUGUAAAAUGUUACACUUUGACCAGUUUUUUUUUCUUCCUUUGUCUGUGGCCAACAAAAAGAAACGAGAGGAAUGGUUUUCUGCUGAAGAAUUACAGACAACUAUAAUCUCUGGAUGAAUGGAGUUGAAAGUGUAUAUGACAUUGAUGUUGGGGAUGUCUCAUCAAAAACAAGUUCUGUCACAUACAGUACAUCUCACUGUACUUACAGACAAAUGUCCCCGCCUCAACAACAACAACAACAACAACAUUGUUUUAAAAAGAGCUGUAAAUAAAAAUAAAUAAAAAGUGAACAUGUUUUUUUAGAUGACAUUUUGAGAUUAGACCUUAUU